UAACCAUUUUUUUCCCCACUUCAUCUGUUUACAUCACUUUUAAUCAAAUUCUGAAUCUCAAAAAGAGAGAGAGAACAAUGUCGAUCUCUGCAAACGAAUUCCUUGGAGAAAAUGAUGAUGAUAAUAGCGAUUCUGAUACCAAUAAUCUAGAUGAUGAUGGUCCUGACUAUUACCAACCAAUCUCUACGGAUGAUGAUGAAGAUGUUGAUCAUGGAUUCCAAAUGAUCUCCUCUAAUGGUCAUAUUGAACCUGAAAUUGGGAUUCACACUCUCGAUCUCAACCACGAAGAAGAGGAAGAGACGAUUGAAGAUGAAGAAGAAGAAGAAGAAGCUUCGAAUUCAGAAAUCUCAAGAGCAUUCAUCGAAGAUGAGAAUCGACGUAACGCUCCAUUGACACCGGAGAACUCAAAUCGAAUCAUGAAUGCUAUGCGUGGGAUUUCAUUUCAAGCAGGAUUUGUACCUGAUUGGAUUAAUCAAGUUCCUGAUGAUCGUUGGAUUGAUCACCUCACAAACUUAAGACAACUACAACCCAAUUCUACUAGUACUUCUUCGACUACUGCUGCCCAGAACUGAUUCGAUCCCAUCAUAUUGUAGUUGUUUCUGUGGAUUUGAAUUCAAUUUAUUUGCAGUAAUCAAUAUCAUGAUCAUCAAUCAACUAUCUUCAUUUUGGUUUAUGCAUCCCGUAUCAGAUCGGUAUAUCCCACAUAUCGGGUUAGUAUAUACCACGUAUCUGACGCUCUUCGGUAUAAGCCACGAACACUGGGUGCCGCAGAUAAGGCUAGUGACUUCAUCAAAACCCUAAUUUUUGAAACAUCCUCUUCUCUUGUAGUAGUAGUCUUUAUUCUAUUCUAUAAAAUGUGGUGGAGGCUCCUCACUUCACACUUAUCUGCUUUGGGUUCUUCAAAACUUCCUCUAAUCAUUCGUCUGUCCAAAAUUUUAUUACUGUCAACUGCUCCGAAUAAGAUUUGAAAUUUAGAUCCUUGAUUAGAAAUCAAGAGAGUUAUAGGGAGAGUCUAAUUUCACUUAGAUCCAUUGCUGCUGAACUUUGUGAUAUCCGCCAUUGUUCUAAUUUAGUACAUGAUUUAAGUGAAACUAGGCUCUCGGCAUGACUCGUGAAGCACUGGGUCGCUCAAGCACUAAUAGAAUUACCUUUGCUGUUUUGGAAUCAAGAAAGUUAUGUUGAAGGCUUAUUUUUACUUAAAUCGGCCUUGGAAAUGUUCAUUUAUGUGCUUUUUCUAAAUGAUUUGAGUCAAACUAAGCUUUCGUCAUAGUUCUUUUGUGAUUUUUGCUUGAAAGCAAUGGAUGUUGUUUGUGCUUCCUUUUGCAGGGAUUCCUGGAUCACCAUAUUGUUGUUCCUUCUUUUCAUUUAGCAGAUCGGCAGAAUGACAGGCAUAUACGAAUGAUUUAACCACAGGAACUUCGUCUGUCCAAUUCAAGUGUAAUGGAUCUCAUGUCUAGUAAUGGUUGUUUUUUCCAUGCUUCAAAAUUCAAACCUUACUUUCCAGUAAUGGCAAGACUAAUAAAGACUAGAUUGUUUCAAUACAAGACGAACCCAUUCUGCUACUAUUUAGAUCUAGAUCUGAUUGUCAACAACUUCUGUUAUGUCUAAGUUUCUUCUUUGUUUUGCAAUAUCAGUUUCUUAUUGUGUUUUGUAACUGAACUGCUAAUAGCAAUAACUCAGAAGUUUUAGAUUUUUAAUCACUA